AAAAAGUUGGUUGGUUUAUAUGAUUCGUUUUAUAGAUUGUUAUCAUUGUAUAGCAUUCAUACAUAGAUAAAUCUAAUUGUCUUUACUUUCCAUAUGCAGAAUCUAUUUAUUUUAAAAUCUAGGUUUGGUUUUUUGAUUUAUCAUGGUAACAGAAUUACCAAAACACGUUGAAAAUUUAUAAUGAACAAGUAAUCAAAUAGAAUCAAAAUGAAAGCUAUAAAAUUUCGAAAAAAAGUUCUGCGAAAAGCCUCCUCUUUAAAAAAAUAUAAUGAUUAUCUUGUGACGCAAUUGAGCAACUCAUUUUCAAAAUUAGAAAGACAAAUCAAACCUUCUAAAAAGAUACCUCCACUGUUCCAAAAAAAUCCUAUGAAUUUUCAAAAUAAUAUAAUCAGAGCUCCAACAGUGAUCAAGGUUUGCAAUCAGCAACAUGAUCCAAUAUUAUCUCCUAAACUGAGUAACAAUUCAACUUAUUCAUUGUCGACAUCCUCUUUAAAUAAAUCAAGUUUAUUAGAAAAAAUCGAAAGAACAGUUUCCGAAAAUUUAAAAGACUUGAACAAUGAGCUAAUUAAAAAACAUAAUAAUCAACAUAUAUUGAAUAAUAGAUUAUUUUCAUUCACUCCAUCACCGCCUGAAAAAAAAGAAAUAAUCGAUUUAGAUGUGGGUUCUAAUGGCAAUCUAUUGCCCAAUAGGAGGGAGAUUUUGUUUAUGUUAUCUCUAGUUUUAGUUGACGAAGGUGCAGAAUUUCAUAAAACCCAAAAUAAUAGAAGAGAUGAGAAAUUUGAAAAUUCUUUGCUUUUGCAAACAACCAAAUUUUUAGAUGAUGCGUCAUUGAAAGAAAAAUGA